CACAAAUUUGCAGUACUUCUGUUGCUAUAAUUCAUAUCUGGAAAAUGUACUACAGAGUCUACAGAAAGAGUUGUUGCGAUAUUGGAGCACUGGUUUCUUCAGUACUGCCACUAAUUUUAGCCGGCCCGGACAACAACCUUUCUCAAUCAAUCACAGUCUACCAGAUCACAGGCAUUACCACACAGUAGUACAUAGUCAAAGAAGUUAAACUGGUGACUGUACAAAGGGCUCUCAGGCGAUCAGAAAUGACAUGAAAUAAAAUCUUUAAAAACAGUAAGAUCGGAUCGACAACAAAGGCUGGUCGAAAAUUAGUCUUUUGUGUGUUUUGUCCAUGCGGCAAAUUAAUUACCAGCCUGGAAAGAAAAGAAGCUACACAGGUCAACACUGCCUAGAGCAGAAGUGCCAGGGGCAACUUGUGAAGCCAUCUAGCCUAGACUUGUCUAGUCCAGUCCUGACUGCACCAGCUGAAAUACUUCAAAGCCACCAGAAACAGUGUGCAUUGGUGUAUGAAGUGAGUCACAGUCAGUUGAUCCAGCCAGAAGUCCGCAGACAAGCACAGGAAGAAACACACGGCAGACAAAGAGGGGAAGAAUCUCAGGAAGGGAGGGUCGCCACUCCACCCAACUUUCCAUACAGGAAGCACCCACGCACAUCAAAGGAAAAGUACCUGAACAAUUUCUGUCAGAUACAAACAAUGCGCCCGACGACUGUCUAGAGAGUAGUACGAUAGCUGAUUCAGAAGAAAACAGUGAAGAGAAGAUGUAUGCGUACUUCGGAGGCGUGGUGUACCCGGCAGCCUGGAAUGCUCACUGGCCGCCGGGCCAGGUGGGUAGGAGGGUCCCUGUGGGACAGGAUGUGAGAGUGAAGCAGGAGCCGAGAAGAAGAGACGACUGGAAGUAUGGACAGUACACAGCACAUAUCAGCAGCUACCCCAUCCCUGCAGCAAACAUGGUGAGAGACAUGCCGAGACUCCCGCAUAACACGUCCCUGCCAGGAGGGGUGAGCGUCAUGGCCUGCCAAGCAGAACCACCGACAACAACAGAUCCCCCAAGGCCAUGGUCGUUAGCACUAACAGCAACAGCAAACCGGAUGGCGCUUCAUGACUCUAACCCAAACUCACAACAAACCAACAGAGUUUCCUUGGGUUGGGGUUUCCCCUCGAAUCUCCCUCAUGCGGCAAUGUACAUGUACAGAAACAACCUGACACGCACGAGACCUGCCUCUGAGGGACAUAAGGAAAGUGCCACACACAGGGUUUCACCGUUGAGAAUAGAGGAGGUCACUGAUGACAAACAGAACAGUCAUGCAUCAGAUAAUGGCCAGAGAAGCUGUUCUAACAGUGCAUCCCCAGUGACAAAGUGUAAGGACAGUUCAACAGCUGUAGUGACUAUUCCACCCUUUGCUAGAGCUGUUCAAUUUCAGCAUGUUCCCAUAAAAGAAGAGACAGUGCACACAUGCCAUGAGGAUGCAAUUGAGGAGACACCUCUAGACUUGAGCCAGUCCUCUUCUCUGAAGGUAUCCCAAAACAUUGAGAUAGGAGAUGGAAGCAAGACGACUGGAGCAGAAACAGAACUGGCAAGCCUGAUGAGCCAACACGUCUUUUCCCCAAAGAUGCACACGAAGUAUUCCUACCAUGAGACAGGUGACGGCGAAAAGGUCUUCAACUGCCCAGAGUGCAAUAAGGUGAUCAAAAAUCACGUCGCCCGCCACUUAAAGACCCACACAGGAGAGAAGAAGUACCGUUGCCGCCUGUGUCCGUACUCCACGGCCAGAAAAGACAACCUCCAGCAGCACAUGGCCACGAGGUACCACCGGGAGGUUUUGGGGGAUAGUCCGACAUCCUACUCCAACAUGUUAAAGAAGUAUUCAUACCUGAUGAACACGGCUGACAGAAGAGACUGGGAAGAGACUGCAGAGGAAGCAGGAGGUAACAGCGACAUGAGUAGGACUUACCCAGCAGAACAAGCGGCAAUGGAAGUGGAACUGCAAUCAGAAGAAACAGGAAAAGAAGAAAGACAAUCACGAAAUGAACAAGAAACGAAGCCAGAGGACCAGGCAGUUUCAGACAAUCUUAUGCUUUCCGGCUCAGAAGCAAGCAGUGGAACAACAGACGCAAGGGUCGGCACACUUCAGCAGCUGAGAAAGUUCCUGAUGGGUCAUUCCAGCACAUUCAAGACAGAAGAGGGCAGUGGACAUCAGACAGAAGAAGAGAAGACAGGCAAUCCUAUGCAGACUCAUAAAGUUGAUGCCAAAGAUGCUGCAGAGGGACCAGCCAACGAGGAGCCAAGAACACUGACCGUCAACAACGUCACAAACUUUUCUUCUCUCAACUUCCCAAACUUCACAAUGGAGACCUCAGACACGUCCAGCACGGGGAGCCGAGAGGACGGCUCUUCCAGCACUUCUGAGGAGACCACCGAGUUCCUUAAAGCCGCAGAAGUCUUUGCUCUGUGCAAGUCUGAGGAGGGAGGGCUGCCUGUCUUCAGGUGUACCCUGUGCAACAAAAGCUUCCCUCGCAAGCAGAGCUGGAACCGUCACAUGAAGCUGCACGUGGGCAACAGGAAGUACAAAUGCGAGCUCUGCUCUUACAGUGCAAAGGCCAAGAGGACACUGGAGCAACACAUGGCAGUGCACAAGCUCAAACCAUCCAACCCUAUUGAACUCAUGAAGUUCAUCUCUCCAAAACAGGGGACUGCAGAGGCUGACCAGCUGCAGACAAGGCCAGCAAAUAUAGUGGACGUUGUUGAAGAGAACGGAACGAGUGCGAAACACUACCACUUCCAAUGCCAGGUGUGCCAGUUUGUGUCCACCAGUAGCCUGAAGUUCAGCGGCCACAUGCACCUGUACCACGAGAGAGAGCAGUGGAAGUUCCAGGUGCAAUGCAACUUCUGCAAGUCCACAUCCAAGACGGAAGAUGACAUGAAGCAACACCUCUUCAAAAGCCACGGAAUCCGGCAGAAGCCACUGGACAGGUUCAUGUUGGCACAAGAAGUGAUGAGUGAUCCCGAGCAGUUCUCCUGCACGCUGUGCAACUUUGUCACAAAGAUGAAGGCCAAGUUCGAGGCCCACCUCCUCGUCCACUACACAGCCAAGAUGUACCAGUGCAAGAAGUGCCACAAGUACUUCAAGACGCCACAGGAGCUGAGCGAGCACCUGGCCACAAUGCACGUGGACACGAGGCACAACUGCGACAAGUGCAGCUACGGCACCAACCUGGUGUCGGCGCUGAAGGCCCACAUGCUCACCCACGGGAAGGAGGAGUUCAAGUGCCGCAUCUGCCGCCACACCACCGACACCAAGCUGGGGCUGAAGAUGCACGUGUCGCAGCAGCAUCGCUACGGCAACCUGUACAGGUGCAACACCUGCGGCUACCUGGGCAAGACGGCCAACAAGCUGAUCGACCACAUCAGGACGCACACCAAGGAGAAGCCCUUCAGCUGCAAGCUGUGCAAGUACGCGUGCUCCAGGCAGGACAACCUGGCCAUCCACAUGAGGGUUCACAAGAAGGACACCGUGUACGACUGCCCCAAGUGCGACUUCCUCACCCUUUCUGUGGCAGAAAUAGAGGCUCACCACAAGACGCACACUUGGAACAGAAGCGCCACAAAACUCGCUUUCAAACAUGCAAGCUACGUGCACACUGACAAGAAAGAGCCUAAGGAAAUCAAACAUGUAAAGUAUGUAGACACUGAGAAGAGGCCUAAGAUGCAUAUAAACUAUGUGGACACUGACAAGAAAGAGUCUAACAUGCAGAUAAACUAUGUGGACACUCAAAAAAAAGAGCCUGUGGAAGUCAAACAGGUAAAGUAUCUGGAUGCUGACAAGAACAAGCCUACACAGGAAGACUCUGUGGACACUGUGGAGCUGAAUAUGCAGAUAAACAAUGUGGGCUCCGACAAGGAGCCUAAUAUGCAAAUAGCACAUGUGAACACUGACAAGAACAAGCCUACCCAGAUAGACUAUGUGGACACUGACAAGGAAGAGCCUGUGGAAAUCAAACAGGUAAACUAUUUGGACAAUGACAAGAAAGAGCCUAAUAUGCAGACAAACCAAAUGGAAACUGACAAGAAAGAGCCUAUACAGAUAGACUACGAAGACACUGGCAGGAAAGAGCCUAUACAGAUAGACUAUGAAGACACUAACGAGAAAGAGCAUAUACAAGUAGACUAUGAAGACAUUGACAAGAAAGAGCCUAAUAUGCAGAUGGACCACAUGGACACUGACAAAAAAGAGAUGCUGAUAGACUAUGAAGACAGUGACAAGAAAGAGCCUGAGCUGCAGAUCAAACAUUCAAACCAUGUGGACACUAACAUGGACAGCACAGACACUGGUAGUGUGCAAACAGAGGAGGUGGAGACAGAAACUUCAGCUGCAACUGCACAACCUGAACAGAAGUUACCUUGCUGAUCACAUGCAUAGUAGACAUGUAGGUCUACUGGAGAUGACAUACAAAUGGCCAUUCCAAGAAGCUUUUAUAGCAUAAGGGAGAGACAUAACCAAAGUUAUUUUUGCCAUGAAAAACAAGUGGGGCUAUCCAAAGAAUAGAAAAAUCAUUCCCCACAGUAGCAUUGUUCUUCAGAAAUGUAAGACAGCAGGGAAAAAAGGAAUGUUUUGUCCCCUCAGGUUCUCAGAUGGAAUGGCCUUAUAAUUAGUAAGGAUAACAUCCAGGAUGGCAAUAACAGCUGCACCAAAAUAUGCAAUCAGUAUUCAAUAUACAGGAAGUUUAGGAUUUAUAGAAUAUAGAUUUUAUAUGAUCAUGACUAGGUAGCCAAAAUGUUGACCAAAAUGUGGAAAGAUGUAAUUUGGUGGCAAGGUCUAUAUUGUUGCAAGGCAGCUAUUUGUAUGCUUGGGUGUUUGUGUGUGUGUGUGUGUGUGUGUGUGUCUGUCUGUCUGCCUGUGUGUUUGUAAAUUGGAUAAACAGUGGGAAUGACAGUCACUUGAAUACUUACUAUUAAGUAAGUAGUAAUUUACAGUAUGGCACUUUCCACAAGGUUAGACUCAGAAUUCAAGAGCUAAAUGUACCAAAGGGUAGAAAUACAUUAACCACAUUGGGGCAAUGACCUCAGAACCAUUCAACAGCAACGAGCAGCCAUCUUAACAGUUACAUCCAUUGAGUCAAAAAUCCUUUAAUCAAGUGCAACUGUUAUGUAAAAUGAUUUCAUGGGGUGGCUCAUCAAUGUACUGAAUGCUACCAAGUCUGUCAAAAAAACAGACUGUUAAAAAGAAAUAACACACACUCAGACAGAUUAAGCACUUUUAAGUGCUAAACAGAGCAAACUUCAAAACAUCAAAUUGAAUCAAAAAUGUUUGAUCAUUUUCCCAGUGACUGUUCCCAAAGAACAGAAUCAGUUUCACGUGAGUUCACCCGUAAUCUCUGCCCCUAUGCUUUCUCAUUACAAUGGGCACUGCUGCUUACACAUUGGCCAGCAGACAAGAUCAAACGUGUGGGGUCACAGGUUGUCCUUUCAACUUUCUGACAGAACUUGUACAACAGGGAGCUAUUGUUGUAUCAGACGUCAAUGCCCUUGUAAAAGAAAAUUGCUCCUGGCCGUCGACCCCAGCGUUUCCACUUUAUUACAGAUAAUAAAAUAAUUGUCAGCCUUCAAAUUAACACCAUUUAGGUUUACUGACCUGUCCUCCUAGUUGCAUGUCUGUUCCUUGCCUUCAUUUGAAAAGAGUCUUUUUUACGAUGAACAAAUCAUGUCCAGUGAACCAAACAAUGGUGUGUUUUGUGUGUGAGAGAUGUUACAAGUCCAUGUUAGGCUUGCUUUUCUUGGGGUCCUAAAUAAGACCCGGAUGUAAUAGGAAAAUCUGCUACACUGUGAAUUGUGGAUGUCAAGUCAAGUUACUGAAUCAGAUGUAUUCUAGCAGAGAAACCAAAGAUGUACAUAAUUGUACCUGAGCAGAUUUAAAAUUUUUAACAAUGUAGAUUUAUUUAAUACAAAAAUAUAAAAUUGGUACUAGUUUUAUAGUAAAACAUUUACCAGCAUUUUUUUUCUCUUUUUGAUGCCAGUACUAGUUAUCAUUAGAUUGAGUGUUUUAUAACAGUAGGAUCAUGUCAAAUUGUCAGAAUUAUAUUGAAUGAUUCACAAUAACCAUAAAAUUAUGAAAAAAAUCAAAAUGCUAUGUAAAAUUUGCAACGUAAAAGUAAAACUUGCAACGUAAAAGUAGAAUUGUGGAAGUGUUAAGGUCUCAGGAUAUAAAAUCAUUAUCACAUUGUAGUGUCAGGUUGAAAGUUCAUCUUUGAUUUUAUCUUAAAAAGUUUGCUUUACAAAGUGGUGAUGGUUAAACCCAAUUAAAUUUGAUUAUUUUCUACUAUAUAUUGUGACUUUCAGAGAAAAUUGUUGCAUUAGAGCUUCCAGUCUGUAAAUUUGGCUUGAUCACAUUUCAAAGUGUUUAUGUUGCCCCUGUAUAAAUUCCUCACUAUACAAGUCAAUACUAUGUUUUGCUUCUUCCCAAAACUUAACAUCAAGUGUAUUUUUCUAAAAGUCCGCUUUGGAGCAGAGAGGACAAAAUUACACAUUGAAAAGUGUAGCCAUAGCAUUUCCAGUAAAUUGUUGCAAAUCUCCUAAAUUAUAAGCCUUUGUUUAUAUCACUUAAAAUGUUGCAGAUUGUGGUGGAGGGAGAUGUGUAAUAAUUGUUAUUGACAAAUGCAUAGUUUUUAUGAUCUGGCAAGAUACAAUUGAACUAGGGUACUAAAGCCAUAUAUUUUACUGGAAUAUUUUGUAGCUGCAAGUAUGUUUGAAAGUAUUGCAAAUUUGCAAUGUAGUAUGCAAUAUAGUACAAUGCAGCACCAAGUUUUUCUACACAGUCAAGUCAAACAUCAGAUUACUAGAAUGUUCCCAACCAAAGACAAGUCAGAUCUGUAGGAGAAUUCUGUUCUGUUUUGUUCUAAGUUAUAUCAUGUUGUGGUUCAGACUCUCAGAGUAUUUAUAUCAUGACCAUUUUUUCACACAACCAAGACCACCACAGGUCAAAAUGCGAUGAUAUACAUGUAUAAUGUACAUAUAUGUACAUGGGACAAUGUCGUGAAAAGUUAGCAGAAGAGACCUUGGUGGCUUAAGUUGCUGUUUUGCUGUUCGGUUCUGUUCUACUAGAAAAGUGGUUAAAGGUAAACAGAGAUACAUUCCCCAGUUUAAUUAGUGAGCCUACACAGUCUAUCUGUGUAUUCUCUAGUAGAUUUGUUCACCAGAUUUGUAAAGCACAAAAUAACAGACAAUCACCAUGAAUAAAGCAGUCUCUGUAUCACUCUAAGUGUUUGUAUUGGUGCAAUUUGUGAUCAUCAUGGUUGGACUUUGUUGUACCAUUUAAAUCAAUACUGUGCUUUUAAAAUGACACAAUGUUAACAUUCCAAUAUGGUGUUCAGUGCUUUUAUUUUCUAAAUAAUAAAGCAGCAAAGUCUUGUAGAAGAACAAUGACUACUGAGUCUCUCUCUGCCUCCAUUGUUAACGUUUCGGUGACAUUUAACAUCUGAUGCAGUUUAUCAUGAACAAAGUUCAUCACUUUCAUUAAGGGUCAGCUCGCAUUGUCACGCUACGAAUCUGAGCUAGAAAAUCCCACGGGAACGUUGUGAUAUUAUCAGGAACAGUUGUUAAAAUUUUAUGCACGUCAAAAGGUACAAUCUUCUGCCACCUCUGACACCCUUUUCCCUUUGUUCCCUUAAUGCAAAUAUUUGGGCACCUUGACAUAUGGAUUAUGCACUGACCCAUACACAGAGUUAAGAAGAGCUCUUACCUGCUAGUCUGAAUCAUGUAAACAUUUGUGGGUGGGGUGGGGGGCAUUUUGAAAACUUUCCACAAUAUGGACGGGGGUGGGUGAGGGUAUGAGUUUGGCUACCCAAAGGAAAACCAAAGACACUGAAACCCUCCUUAAAUGUUAUGGCCACUACA